AUGAAAAUUCUUGCGAAAGCACAAGUCAUUAUCGUGCUGCAUGUACUGGCAGUUUGCGGCAGCACAGGAUGCGGUCUCUCCGGAGCAUAUGCCGCGAUCGAUCCAGAAUCUUUCAAAGUCGGUGCCGUGCGACAACCUCCGGUCAACUUUGCCCUCCCGAUUGGUCUGAACAAGACUUGGGUUGAUUUGGAUCUGAACGCGACAAUUGAUCAAGCUGUCGAAACUAUUCAACAGGCUAAGGCUGAUGGUGUUGCAUUUUUGGCAUUCCCUGAGCUCUACUUCCCCGGAUACCCUGUCGCCAUCAAUACCGGUUACAACCCUAGCCAGAUCGCACAAUACGUGAGCCAGUCUUUUUCUGUCGACGAUGCGCGUUUUCAGAAACUAGUCAAGGCGUUUCAGGACCAGGGGAUCUAUGGUACAUUUGGGUUCUCGGAGCUCGCAGACGACAAGAUCUUUAUGGGACAAGUGUUGAUUGGCCCCGAUGGAUCAAUUUUGCAUCAUCGUCGCAAGCUACGACCCUCUGGCACUGAACGCUAUAUAUGGUCGGACGGAGACAUAUCUGGCUUGGUCGUCACCCCGACCCCUCAUGGUCGUAUAGGCAUGCUCGAGUGCUGGGAGCAUUUCCACCCCACUAUGACCUUCGUCAUGCAGGCUCAACUCGAAAACAUACAUGUUGCGGCAUUCCCUUAUGCACCGGAUUUUGGUGUCGACCCGCAGGCUUGGGAAUCUGCCGAAGUAGGCGCUGCAGCAGCUCGCGCCUACGCGGUAAGCAGUGGUGCAUAUGUGAUCAUGCCAUCUAUCGGCACAGCAGCCAUCUUCAGCAAUGGUGGCGGAACUAUGAGCUUGAUUAACGCAACCGAUUCCCCCGAAAUCAAUUACAUUACUGCAACGAUUAAUACUACCACAUUUUCGAGCGCAACAUACGAUACCGACGGGGAACAAAGUUGGGCGGCUUUACAACAAAUAGUCGCUGAAUUUCCAUCUUACAUCCCAAAAGUAGCAAGCGCGUACUUUGAAAAGAAAGUCAUACCGCUCGAAUCUAUCACUGUAUAA